AUGGGGGUGAUAAUGUACGGUGCUCCGUGUACGGAGUGUAAAUAUAAAUGUAAAACGUUUCAAGAGUGUAACUGCUGUCCAUGGUGCUGCGAAAAAUGUAGCAGUCGAAACGGUUGCCAUUUAUGUAACAUAGAUUGGUACUACAGGGGCCGAUCUAAAAAGGACUGCCAUUAUAAAGGAUGUACUUCGCAAACAAAGCAGUGUCCCGACAUUAAAAAAUGUCAAUGUACAUGUUGUAAAAAGAAAUGUUUAGAACAGACUGACGCCUGCAGUGCCCCCGCUACACAGCUUUCACCCGGUCCUUCCGAUACUCAGCUUCAAGCCACCAGUGAACGGCAGUUGUCCGCUGUUGGCACUGAAGAAGACUCCUCUAAAGACUCUAAUCCAGAUGCCUCCACAUCUUUCCGCCCUUCCCCCCAAGCCAUCGCCGCCGUCAUCGUUGCCAUCAUCGUCGCCAUCAUCCUGCUCGACCUGUGCAUCUUCCGCUUCCCGGUGGGCCGCAACAUCCGCGAUUUCCUCGUCCGCAAAAUACCCUUCUGCAUCGCGUUUUACAGCUGA